AUGGCCAGCGUCGGGCGCAGCAGAUCGAGGCGCAGGGGAGAGGGCGGCGAGUCGUUCGACCGGAACGGUGCUCGGUCUGCGGAGCCCGCCGUCGAUCACCAUGUGGCUGGGUCAUUGAGGAAACAAUCAAGUAACUCAAGGAUACUCUCUCAUACUCAGAUUGAUGAGGAAAUCAGCAAAAGUAAACCAAGACAGGCCAGCUGUGUACCGAUGAAAAAGCUAAUAGACGAAGAGUUCUCGAAAGAUGCCAAUGCUAGGCAUACGUCACCAGGCGCUGUCGGAAGACUAAUGGGUCUUGAUUCACUCCCUUCGGUUGGGACCCGUAGCCAUCACAGACAUAGCAAAAGUCGUGCACACAACACUUCAGCUUGUAUUUCUCAUGAUAGAUAUCUCCCACAGAGGAGAAGGACUGAUGAGAUGCCAGAGGUCAAAGAUGUUUUUGAGGUUAUGGAUGCGAUGAGAGUAAGGGCGGCAUACCGAGCUAAAAAUGGAAAUGCAACUUCCAGAUUUGAUGCAACUGAGAAGGCUAACCUAGAUUUCAUAAGACAAAAAUUUAUGGAUGCAAAACGUCUUUCUACAGAUGAAUCCCUUCAGAUGUCAGAAGAGUUGAAUGAGACACUUGAUGCAUUGGUAUCUAACAAGGAUCUUCUUUUGGAAUUUCUUGAAAAACAAGAUCAGCGUUCUCCCUCUUCUAAUGCAAACUGCAUUACAAUAUUGAAGCCAUCUAAAAGAAAUCUAUUUGUGGAUACAGACAAUAUCUAUUCACAAGAUAAUGACAUUGAAAGCUUUUUCAACAAACACUCUACAAGGAAACCGCCUGCCAAGUUAUCCAGUCAAUCCCCCAAAGAUGACUCAGGUUCACUGAGGCAGAAAUUAUCAAGUUCAAGUCAUCAGGAAAUAAGUGAUAAACGAGCUUGUCCCACACGGAUUGUUGUCCUGAAGCCAAGCCUCGAUAAAGCUCGGGACAUUGAAGGAUCCUAUGCCCUUUCACAUGAAAUCCCUCAUUCUGAUUACAGAAGGCACACAUCAUGUCAGGAUGAUGGCAUGUGGAGUCCAUACACUGAAGAUUCCAUUUGUCAAGUGUCCCUUGGCAAUCCUGAGACAGUAGGUCAUAUAAAAAAGGGAUCUAGAGAAAUUGCAAGAGAGAUUACAAAACAAAUGAGAGCUGCUAGGGGUGAUGGUAAUAGGAAACAUAUUCUCCAACCAGAUACCAGCACAGUUUUGUCAGAUGAAAGCUCGUAUUUUGUGUCAUCUCGUACUAAGCUCAAGACUUCUGAGACAGUCCAUAGGUCUUCUGAACUAUGUGAUAGUUGGGAUUCUUCCAGCUUCAACUCUUCACCAGCACAUUCAAAUGAAUCAUCAGUCAUCAAGGAAGCAAAGAAACAUCUCUCUAGCAGAUGGAAGAUAGCCCAUCAAUUUCAGAAUCAAGAACCUGAGAAUAAUGGCUUCAGCGUGCUUGGAGACAUGUUUGCUCUGUCCGACCAGGAAAGUCCAAAGGGAGAAUUGCAGAGAAAUGGAAUGCCAGGUUCGUGUAGCAAUCCCCUCGGGAUCAGCAGCAAGGAUGGUUGGAGAGGUGUAGCUCCAAGUAGUUCAGCAAGGUCCAAAUCUAUUCUGUCAUCUUCACACCAGAGUGUUCAAAAGUUGAGCAACCGAAAAAAAAGCAGUAGGAAAAAUGAGUUUUCCAUGCUUAAGGAUGUUCUCAAAAUAGGACCCCAUGAUUCUGAGAAUGCAUGCCAUAGCAGACAAAAAAAAUCGCUGGUUAGAGGUUCAGCUUUUCGCGGUGAUGUAACUGAACAAGUGUCCCCAGAUGACGAGGAAAGAAUGAUGAUUGACCAUGAAGUACAUGUAAGUUCUCAGAAACCAACAGAUGUUGUUGACAUGCCAGAUUCAUCUGAACAAGCACUUGCUCAUACCGUGGAUCCUGGCCAUGAGUUAGAUGUAGUGUGCCAUUUGGGUACCAGUUCUGCAGUUUUUGAACAGAACAAAGAACCACUUUCUCCUGCUAAACUGAAUCAGCAAAUGCACCGGCAGCCACCAACAGCAUUAGAUUUCCGCAUUCGUGUCCCUGAUGUUGACAAUCUACAGACUCAGGCUGAGGGGAUUGAAAACCAUCUUGAUGAUGAUUACUCAGCUCUCUUUAGUCCGCCAACAGGAACAGAAUCUCCUGUGGGGAUUGAGCACCAUCAUGAUUCUGCCUCGUGGAUUCACCCAACAGGAUCAGACUCUCCGACGGGCUCCAGCAAUGAUGAACAGCCAAGUCCAGUGUCUGUUCUUGAAUCUUCCUUGGAUACUGAAGAAGUUUACUCCGGAGAUUUUGAGAAAAUUAGUGCAGAUAUUCAAGGACUACGCAUGCAACUUCAGCUUCUCAAAACGGAGACUACUGAGGAUGCAGACGCCACCGAUCAUCUUAUAGCAAGCGACGACGAGGAUGCCUCAACAAAUCAGCCACUUCCUGAAAUGGAGAUAUCCCAUGCUUUUAUGGAUGAAGAAGAGAGGGAUUUCUCUUAUGUGCUUGAUAUCCUCACCUUAUUGGGCAUUGAUGCAGCUUACCAGGAUGGGCAGCUUGACAUGUACUGCUUUUCGGAACAACCUGCUGGCCCUGAUUUAUUCGAGAUACUUGAAAACAAGUACAGUGGCCUCAUUCUAUGGCAACGGUCUGAGAGGAUGCUCCUGUUUGAUCUCACGAAUGCCGUCAUUGCAGAAGUAAUGACCUCUCUGGUUCAUCAUGGGUCGAAGGGAUUGUUCCGAAGGUUCUCGUCCAGAUGGGAUCAGGAGGGAUUUGUUGAGUAUGUGUGGCAGGGGGUGUUCCAGUUACGGCAAGAAAUGGACUGUAAUCAGGUCGACCCGCUGAUGAUGGACUUGGAGCAGCAUGGUUCUGAAGAUGGUGUCGAUCUUGUCGGGAGGGAGAUAGGGACAAUGGUACUUGAGGGUCUGCUGGAGGAAACCAUAGCAGAGUUUCUGGGGAUGAGACGAUCUGGUAGGUUUUGUGUCUAGAAUGUAACAAGAAAUUGUACCAAUUGCCUUCUAGGGUAUCGAUGGGUCGGUGGUUCCUGAAAGGUGCCAAGCGCCUAGGAAUUCUCCAUGCCUAGUGAAAAACAGCAACAGGCAGGUUUGUAAUGAAUCAUCAUUACAAGUGAAUUUUCGGUGGGAUUUGUUGUAACUAUUAGCUUUAAUAACUGUGACCUAGUGUUUUUCCCUCCCAACUGGAGAGAACCAGUGGCUCUUUGAUGCCGGAGUAAUGGAGUAUAGAUGUGAAUUUUUGGUA